AUGUCGGCCAACCUUCUUGCGAGCAAGACCAUCCCACUGUUGCGACUGCUCGGCGCACUCGCGCUGCUGGUGAGCAUACUCGGCGGCUACGGCCUGCUGCUGCACGCAAAGUGGCAGCUGCUUGAGGAGGCGCUCGCUGGCAAUACUGCAGGCCACGCGGCGCAGCACCUGCUCUUAAUCCCGCUGCUCCCAAUCACGGCGGUGGUCGCGAUGGCGCUCGUGAUCCCGCUCUUUGUUUACGUCGGCAACUACGCCGCCUUCGCGUCGUUGGCCUUGCCCCGCCCCGACCACUACGUGCAGCUCCUCUUCCGUGUCUACCGACAAUGGCUCUCCGCGGGAGGCAAGCUCAAGGACAAGGACCUGUGA